UGGUAACGUUUGAGGAUGUUUCUCGCCUCUGAAGUCGCGUCUCUGAGGCUGUUCGUGCAGCUCUGCAUCAGCACCGUCUACUGCAUACUUUGGAGCGUCUUUUCUAAAGUGCGCCCCUGGACAGCAGGUGUCGGCUGUCUGCAGGAGAAAGGUUCAUGUUCAGGAGAAACAAUUACACCUGUCAACAGAAAACAGCAUCAAAAGAAGGAUGUCCAACCUGCCACGACCCCGACAAGUGUCAAUUAUCAUUUUACCCGCAAGUGUAAUUACAAAUGUGGAUUUUGUUUCCACACCGCAAAAACCUCCUUUGUCCUGCCUCUAGAGGAAGCCAAGAGGGGGCUUAAACUUCUGAAGGAAUCAGGUAUGGAAAAAAUCAACUUCUCUGGAGGAGAGCCUUUCUUGCACGAGAAAGGAGAUUUUCUGGGGAAAUUAGUCCAGUACUGCAAGCAAGACCUCCAGCUUCCAAGUGUCAGUAUUGUCAGCAAUGGAAGUAUGAUCAAAGAAAAGUGGUUCCAGAAGUAUGGUGAGUAUCUGGAUAUCUUGGCCAUUUCUUGUGACAGUUUUGAGGAAGAAACCAACCAGCUGAUUGGCAGAGCUCAAGGCAGGAAGAGCCACCUGGGCAACCUGUACAAGGUCCGCAACUGGUGCCAGCAGUAUAAAGUGGCAUUUAAGAUCAACUCUGUUAUCAACACCUUCAACGUUGAUGAGGACAUGACGGAGCACAUCACCCAGCUCAGCCCUGUCCGCUGGAAGGUGUUCCAGUGCUUGUUGAUUGACGGGGAAAAUGCAGGGGAGGACGCCCUGAGACAGGCGGAGAGGUUUGUCAUCAGCGAGCAGCAGUUUCAGGAGUUUCUGGACAGACACACCAGCGUCAGCUGCCUCGUGCCUGAGUCCAAUGAGAAGAUGAGAGAUUCCUACCUCAUCCUAGAUGAAUAUAUGCGCUUCCUGGACUGCCGAGAGGGAAGGAAGGACCCGUCCAGGUCCAUCCUUGAUGUCGGUGUGACGGAGGCCAUUCGCUUCAGUGGCUUUGAUGAGAAGAUGUUUCUGAAGAGAGGAGGGAAAUACGUGUGGAGCAAAGCUGACAUGAGGCUAGAGUGGUGAAAUUCUGUUACUCUUGUAGUUUGCUUUACAUUUGCUGAGUUAUUGUUAAUUU